CUUACACGACCACUGAGCGUAUUAUGCUUUUCCACCUGACCACAAUUGCCUUACCGCUGUCUCAAACCUGUAAGUUAGAGCAACAUCCCUCUACAAGUUAAUAGUGUAUUUCUGACCGCAUUUUGUCGAAACUAUCCUGGUGACAUCUUUCCGCGAUUAGUCUCUACCUUAUUUGCUCGCAAAAUCUAGCUCCAGCGCCACCGCCUCCGCUGAGGCCGCCCUCGCUUCAAGGGCACUCCAAGCCUGCAAACUGCCCCAAGGGGCGAUUGAAAACGGCUUUCCGCUUGUCAGUAACACUGGGCGGGCGUGAUGCAGCGCCUGGGGCGAUGCCUACAGCGGUCAGCUCUCUUUGGGCCGGCCGCGGGUCGCUGCUCUCCUUUCUGCCGCGGCCGGGCCGUCCUCCGUAAGGGUCUUGGUGGCUCUGGCGGCCAAAAUGGCGCCCCUGAGCGCUCAGAGCGCCAUCAAUUUUCCGCGCCUCACAGCCCCGAGCGCGAGGCCCACCAGCAUCAAUUUGGGCUAAACUUAAAACAGCAGCAAUCGCGGCUUCAGGCGCGGCUUAAGGCAAUGUCCUCAGCACUCGCGGCCCCCACGCAGCGAGCGCUGUUCAGUCUCUCUCCACACGGAAUCAGCGGCCCUGCGGCAAAGCUGGAACGCCUAUGGAAGGACGUGCGCAAGAUCUCGCUUCUGGCGGGUCCUAUCUUGGCGCAGUACGUCAUUGCGCAUAGUAGCCAUAUGAUUGACACGAGUUUCGUGGGCCACCUAGAGGACCCGGCCCUGCUAUCUGCAAUGGUGCUUGGAGGCUCCUUAGCCAUGGCGACAGGGUACCACGUCAUGUGCGGUCUGGCGUCCGCGUCUGAGACCCUCUCUGGCCAGGCUGCCGGCGCGAAGAACCCGGCUGCGCUGGCGGCCACGCUGCAGCGCUCUCUGGCGGUGUGCACCGCCGCCGCGGUGCCCAUCACGGCGCUGUGGGUGAACGCGGAGCCUAUCCUCACCGCGCUGGGCCAGAGCCCGGAGAUCGCGUCGGGCGCGGCGCGCUACCUGCUGCUGACGCUGCCGGCCCUGUACAGCUACAUGGUGUUUGACUGCGUGGACAAGCACCUGCUGGCGCAGGGCGUGGUGACGCCCGGCGUGGCCAUCACCGCGGCCGCCACCGCGCUCACGCCGCUCUACUGCUGGUACUUUGUCAACCACCUAGACAUGGGCCUGGACGGCGCCGCCUACGCCUACGUGUGCAGCCAGCUGACCAGCACCGCGCUCAGCCUGGGAUACCUGGCCUGGCGCGCGCGCAGCACCGCCGGCUCGCCAGAGGCCGUGCCGCUGGCGCCCACCCGCGCCGCGCUCACCAACUGGGUGCCAUACCUGGCGCUGGCGGUGCCCGCCACGCUCAUGGCGUGCAUGGAGGGCUGGGCGGUGGAGGUGCUCAUCUUCCUCAGCGGCAAGCUGGACAACGCGGACGUGGCGGUGGGCGUGACGGGCCUGUGCCUGCAAUUUAGCACGCUGGUGUGGCUGUCCGCUGCAAGCAUCAGCAGCGCCACAGCCACGCGCAUCGCCAACGCGCUGGGCCGCGGCGACGCGGCGGGCGCCAAGCGGCUGACGUACACGUCGCUGGGCAUGGCGGCGGUGACGCAGACGACCAUUGGGCUGGCGGCGUUCGCCUACCGGGAGCCGCUGGUGCAGCUGAUGACCAGCAGCGAGGACGUGCUGGCGCUGGCGGCCACCGUGCUGCCGGUGCUGGCCAUCUGCUUCGUAUUUGACGGCCAGAACGCGGUGCUGUCGUCGGUGCUGCGCGGCGCCGGGCGGCAGUGGUUUGGCGCCGGCUGCAACCUGGUGGGCUGGUGGGGCGUGGGCGUGCCGCUGGCCUACUACCUGGCGCUGCACACGGACCUGGGCGUGGCGGGGCUGUGGGGCGGCUUCGCCACGGCCUCGGCACUGCAGGCGGUGGUGCAGUGGGCGGUGGUCAUGCGCCUAGACUGGGAGGGAGAGGUGCAGCGCGCCGCGGAGAUGCUGCGCGCCAGCGAGGCGGCGGAGGCGGCGGCAAGUGGGUCGGUCGCGACGGUGGACGUGCUGGCGACGGAGGUGGCGGGUGGCGGCAGCAGCGGCAAGGCGGCGGCACAGUCAGGGCGGAAGGCGGCGAAGGGCAAGGCGGCGGCGAAGGGCCGCGGCGCAUCCGGGACCGAGACGGAUGAUGACGAUAACGGCCCGGGCGCCGCGCCGGCGCUGCUGAGCGGUGGCGGCGGCGGUCUGGUGGAGCAGCACGGACACGGCGUACCGGCGAUAAUGGCACGGGCAUUCAGCGAGCGGACAUACACGACCGCGGCAGCAGGCAUGUCCGGGCCACUGGCGCUGAUGGGGCGGCGGCGGGCCGCUUCGGCGGGCCGCCUGGCGGCGCGGCUGCUCUGAGGCGGCUGCAGCUAACACUGACGCGCAUGUGUGCAUGUGUGCGGUUUUGGCGGUGUUGGAUGCCUGCAGUCGCGAAACUGUUAACUGAUGAUUGUUCCCCUGUUUGGAUGUUUGUCGCACCGUGAUGCUGUGACGAUGCGCCAAUAAGGCCUGUGACGAGGUCGGGCUUCGUAGACCUGGGGCCAUGUGACGCCAUCCUCGCCAUGUUGCCACACAUGCUGCACUCAUUUAGAAACUUCACUUAGGUUUGUUUGGGUUGGUGAUGUCUUCUGUUGCCGGGCCGACGGCGCAGCCUCCAGCCGGCGCGGUGCGCUGCUGGUUGGGUUCCUCCGCGUCGUAGACUACUAUACUUGCACUUCUCGUUUCAAUUCGCAAUGCGGCUGGUUCUGGUUGUAUCCGGUGCAGGAGAGUUUCUGUGUUUCUACGCUUUACGAAACUUUACAUCGGCCAUUAGCCUCUCACGAGAGGGGACCUGAUUUAUCCCUAGAGCGGGUGUAAACGGAAUCGAGUGGCUGAGGCAUUCCUUCUUUGCACUGUACGGCUAUGUGGGUCGAGUGAUGUGCUGAAUGUGACCACGAGCGCCUAUGUCUGUUGCGCAAGGCAUCGUGGGACCUGCAAGCUAGUGGCAGCGUGGUCGGCUUGCGGAUGCGUUGCUCACGGGCAUGCUGCCAAAGUAGCAGAACAUAUUGUUAUGGGAGGGAUGAGGUGGUAAAGCUUCGAACGGCGGUUGAUGCGCGGGUAUGAGUAUGAAAGCUAGGAGCGUCUUCAUUAGGGACACAUGAUAGCGGGGAACUUUGGAGCGAGGAGAGAGGAGCAGUGCAGCGAAGAGUGGUGCCAGUGAAGAUGGACGAAGCGUAAACAAAGGCGCCACAUGGCGGCUGCAAAGAGCAUUGCAGAGAGGCAAGGGCGCAAGCAAGCGAUCUAGCUAGGGGCCAAGUCACUAACAGGGGCGUCAGUACGGGAGCGGGGGAGUUUGCGGCUGCAGUGGAGUCCCAUGUUGCAAGAGCUGAAGUAGUGCAGUGCAGCCGAAGGACAUUGAGAAGGCACGCUAAGGCUUAAGAGCCGUCAACUUCUCAACUGUGAGAGUUGCGGUGGCGACGGGCCGAUGGCUGGGUGCGCUGUAACCCUGCCACCGG